GCAGUCAGAUGAUAUUCACUUUCAUUGUGGUUGUGUAGUCGGAGGAAACUGUGAAUAUUGAUACUGGUUGCCUCCAUUUCUUACUUCAUUCAUUUUCACUUUGGGGACCAACCACGGCGCUGUUUUGGAUGAAGUUUUAUUUUGGAAGAAACCACCACAACCUCAACAUCUCGCUUGAUGAAACUAUAUCCAGUCGGCUGGAAAGGAAAGUGAUUCCGUCAAUUGCAGAAACCCCGUCGGUUGAAGAGAAGUUUUCUUCGAUAUUUUUCAGCAUAAUGUCUAUCAAAUUUAUGAUUUUUGCUUCGCUGAUGGUGAUUGGCGUUUUCUCCGAUCCUGAGCCCAGCAACUACAAAGCUCCUCCUGCCUACGGUUCCCAGCCAAAGUACCCUGAAAUUCCAAACUGCGCCAAAAACACGACCAAGUCCUGGUGCCUGGAAGACUCUGAAUAUCCCCAACACGAAGUGCAACAAGCCCUGGACCAACACUACCAGGCCGUCGUGGCUUUCUACAAGGACAAACUGGCCAACACUGAGAACUCUGUCGACGGACUGGCCAAGUUGAACGACGAGGUUUACCUUUGCCCGAGUUCCACCGAUUACGUCCGUCCUUUCCGGGCCAUCAACGUCGACGGCAAGUGGCGGACCAUCGUCAACGGCGUCGAAUCUUACGGCAUCAAAUACACGCAAACUGCUCGAAUUGAAGAAUGCGACGUGGUCGUGGGAACCACCUGCCCCUUGGUUCCGUCCUGCUACGAGUCCAAAUGCGUCCAGAAAAAUAUUUUCCAUCGCUUCUUGGUCUACAACCCACAAGACUACACCUUCCCUUUCGCAAUUGAAAAAUUCAAGUUGCCUGGAUCGUGCGGAUGUGUCGUUGGAGCUUUCCACCUAUAAAGUAUGAACACAACUAGAACUAAGCAACGGUAAAUGUUUGAAAAGAGUCCUAUCUUUUAUGAACUGCAAAAGAACCGGAAGUUUUUUUGUAGAAUUAAUUUAAAGAUUAUUUUGAAUCAAUGAAGACUAUUAUGUACUCAUAAGGUGAUGUUACCACUGAUUGAAAUUAAAUUACAUUGAAUUACUUGGUGCAAAAUCAAUUAUGAUUAUCAUUCACUUUGUGAAACAGUAAAAUUAAAGGAUUAAAGCGAA